GAGGGGGGCAUCCCCCCCUGCCCCGCACGGGGCCACUGAAGAAAUCACUGACUUUGUAAUACGAAGAAAUCACUGACUUUGCAAUUGGCAUAAAUUAUCGUAAUUUUGCAGGUGACGGCGUGGGCGUGACGCUGCAAAUUUGUAAAAGAAUAUGCCAUGUUUGCUGUCAUCUCACGCCGCUGCUGCAAAGCAUCGCUAGUCCUGACUGCCAAAAUAAUAUUCUACCGUUCCUUUGCUUCGAAUAUGUCAAACAAAAUCGAAGAAAUCAUCGAUUUUUGGUUUAGACCGGGUCAUGUAGCAUGGUUUGGCGGCGGCGAAGCAGCGAAUACUGAAAUUCGACAAAAAUACGGAGAUUUAGUGGAAGCUGCUUUCGAAGGCAAGCUAGAAGAAUGGAAAGACGAACCGAGGGCAAGCCUAGCUUUGAUCCUAAUCUGUGAUCAAUUCUGUCGAAAUGUGAACAAGGCUACGAAGCGAAUGAACGGACUCGACCCGAUUGCAUUGGCGGUAGCUCACAAAUUUAUCGAGCAAAAGACGCACAACCAUUUGGACUUCUCGUUCUUCGAGCGUAUGUUUAUAUACCUACCGUUCGAGCACAGCGAGAAUCGAGCCAACCAAGAGCUAUCGGUGAAAUUGUUUACACAACUCGCCGAGGAUGCAAAAACACCAGACGAGAAGAAAUUCGGGGAGAAUAUUGUACAGUAUGCAAAGGAUCAUAAAGAGAUCAUUGAUAAAUUCGGUCGGUAUCCACAAAGAAAUGCUAUGCUGGGACGAGAAAAUACACCAGAAGAAGCGGAAUUUUUAGCCAAUUUACCAUCCAAGUAUAAAUGGUAAAUUUGGUGAAACUGUGAGACUGGACUUUACACUCACAAGUGUAUAAUAUUGUUGCACAAGUAUUACUUGACAUUACUUGACAUGUUUUUAAUAAAUUGGUAAUGAACCAAUCACACAGCUUGUAAUAUUGCAUUACAAUUCUAUUGAUGAUAUUGAAAUUGUAACCCUGAGACAAGGUUGAUCAACAAUCAAUACGUUCCAGUUUUCUGUGCUAGUAUGUCUACCACUUAGCCUUAGAUCCCAGCCAUUGGGGCUCUCUGCACCAGAGAAUACAAUUUUUAAUAAUAUAAGUUGUACAGAGGUCGGACUCAGCAAAAACCUGUCAACCUGAUAUUCACC